ACUAAAUGGAAUUAGUAAUGAUAAAUUAUUAUAGAAAGAGUUGAAUUAUGUGAAUUUGGGCGAUCAUUCUGAGUAUUGAUUAUGAUAAAAUUAAAAAUUUGUGAAACUCAAAAGACUAAGUCUAUUUUUAAAUUUACUUAAGCUCUUUCUGAUCCAAAUAUACCAAUAGAAGAGGUUUAAAAUUAAGGACCAUAGACACAUUCUAAUAAAGAAUUAGAGAUGGACAUAGAUUAGUUGAGUUAUUAGAAGUUGUUUUCUUCUAAUGAAAUAGAUUAAGAAAUUGAUUUCUAUGAUUCUAGAAAAUCUAAUUCAUAAAUGGGAGUAAGUCCUGGAUUGUCGAUUACAUCUUAUGAUUUAGAAUAAACAGACAAAGCUUUAGAAAUUCAACCAUAUGGAAGUGUUUCUUAUAAUCAAAGGGAAGUACCAUAAAUAGUUCUGGCUCUAAGAAAACGUAGACCUGCUCAAAUUUAAAUUGUAUAGACAAUAUCAUAGAGUUAAGAAUCUUGCAAAACUUUAUCUAAUUUUUCUUUAUCUGAUUUAUCGCCUAUGCAAACUAAAAGGUUACAAGUAAAAUCUGUUAUUGAAUUCUCUUUGUUUGAAAAUGAUGAAGAAGAAAUCUAUAGUGUAUUUGAAGAUGAAUUAAAUCAUUAUGGCACAUUACCAUAAUCAAAAAUAGAUUUUUUGGAUAAUUUACAUAAAUUUUUAGUUUUAUAUAAAAUGAGAGCAGGAACAUUUCCAAGACAACGUGAAAACUUAGAAAAUGAAAUGAUAAUAUCUAUUGCAAUGAAUUUAGCUAAAGUAGAUAAAUAACUGUUUAAACAAUAUUUCCCAUCUAAAAAGGUCUUUUUUGAUGAUGAAAAUGACUAUACAAGAAUUAAAAAAGUUAAAAGAAAAUAAAUUAGACAACUUACUUUAGUUGAGACUCCAGAUUUUUAAUAUGUAAAGGAUGAUAUAUGA